ACAUUUACUCAUCCGGUCUCACAGUUAUUCUUGUAUUGUGUACUCAAACACUCUGUAAUGUUCACAUCUUGCAUCCACACAUACUGUAGCUAAACACAUGCCAUACACAUAUAACCACACAUGCACAGUGCCCCUCCGGCCUCUGGUCACUAUAAAACUCUGUGCAAAUCGUCACUGUGCAAUAGCUAUUCACCUUCCCGUCUGCCUCUGUCUGCCUCUGGUGACACUAGACCAUCAUUCAGCCAUGUCGGAUAUAGAGGAGGAAUAUGAGGAUCAGGCAGAGGAGGUCGAGGAGGAGCUGGAGGGUGACCAAGAACACGAGGUGGAUGAAGAUGGAGGAGAACAGCAAGACUAUCAAGAUGCUCAAGAGGAAGAGGAGGAGCGCCCCAAGCCCAAACCUAUGGCACCCCAGCUUGCGCCUCCAAAGAUUCCUGAGGGAGAAAGAGUUGAUUUUGAUGAUAUCCACAGAAAGCGUAUGGAGAAGGAUUUACUAGAGCUGCACACUCUGAUUGAUGCCCACUUUGAGCAGAGGAAGAAGGACGAAGAAGAGUUGAUUGGCCUCAAGGAUCGAAUUGAGCGUCGUCGGUCAGAGAGGGCUGAGAUUCAGAGGGUUCGAGCAGAGAAGGAGAAGGACAGACAAAACAGAAUUGCUGAGGAGCGUCACAGAAAAGAGGAAGAGGAGGCCAAGAGGAAGGCUGAUGAUGAUGCCAAGAAGAAAAAAGUGCUGUCUGGUAUGGGAGCAAACUUUGGAGGAUUCUUGGCCAAGGCUGAGACGAGGAAGGGCAAGCGCCUGACAGGCAGAGAGAUCAAGAAGAAGACUCUGGCUGAGAGACGGCAGCCACUAGGGAUCGACACUAUGAGAGAGGAUGCACUCAAGCAACGGGCCCAAGACAUGUGGAACCGCAUCUACCAACUCGAGUCUGAGAAGUUUGACUACAUGGAGUACAUGAAACACCAAAAAUAUGAGAUCAUUGUGCUUCUGAACAGAAUCCAACAUGCUCAGAAAUUCAAAAAAGGCCAUGGCAAAGGCAAAGUGGGUGGUCGUUGGAAAUAGGAGUGGAAUAAAUCACAACUAGAAUGACUUCAUAAAAAGAGGAAGCAGGAAAGAAACGAAGGAAUUGCACUUGAUUUCCUUGUUUAUGUACUGAAGCCACUUGUAGACGGACUUGUACUUGUGUCUGGAAAUUAAAUAGAAUUAACGUUCUUUGAUGAUGUGUUGAUAAUAAAAAAGUAAACAUCCCCUUGAUGAAA